AUUUGCUCGGCGUGUGACGUCAUGUUGGUUGUUAUGCACUCGUGAAUACCGCCAUUGCUAGUGACAAUUUUAUGUUGAAAUGUGACAAAUCCUUUUUUAUCGCUCCUCCUUUUAAAGAAACCCAGUGAACAUAAAUUUCUAAAUAUCUCACAGACUGCAGUAAUCUUCCGAAAUUCUCCCCGGUGUCUGCUAUGGCCGGUAAGCAACUUGUUUAUGUGGGAUAAAUACGGCGACCUAAUUGCUCUCUGGAAACAUGACGGUUAGGAAUUUAAAUCUCGGUAAUGGGGAGGUACAAUGGUGCUUCUCUCAGGUGAAAGGGACGCUGGAAGAAGAUGUAACAGACGCUGAUAUCAUCUCCUGUGUCGAAUUUAACCACGAUGGUGAUCUCUUAGCGACAGGGGAUAAAGGAGGACGAGUAGUCAUAUUUCAGAGGGAUCCUAUCAGUAAAAACUGCAUUCCAAGACGUGGGGAGUACAAAGUGUACAGCACAUUUCAUAGUCAUGAACCUGAGUUCGACUACCUCAAGAGUUUGGAAAUUGAAGAGAAAAUUAAUAAAAUUAGGUGGUUGAAAAGGAGGAAUCAAGCCCAUUUUCUUCUCUCCACUAACGAUAAGACCAUAAAACUAUGGAAGGUUUCGGAACGUGACAAGAGAGUAGAAGGUUACAAUACCAAGGAAGAAAAUGGACAGAUGAAGGAUCCUUCUUGUAUAACACAACUCCGGGUUCCAGUUAUAAAACCAAUGGAACUGAUGGUUGAAGCUUCACCACGGAGAAUAUUUGCUAAUGCACAUACUUAUCAUAUUAAUUCAAUUAGUGUCAAUUCCGACCAGGAAACAUACCUGUCUGCAGAUGAUCUUCGAAUAAAUUUGUGGCACUUAGAAAUUACUGAUCAGAGUUUCAAUAUUGUAGACAUAAAACCGACAAAUAUGGAGGAGCUUACAGAAGUUAUAACUGCUGCAGAGUUUCACCCAGUUGAAUGUAAUCUGUUUGUGUAUAGCAGUAGUAAAGGGACAAUAAGGCUGUGUGACAUGCGAGCGGCAGCACUCUGUGACAGGCACGCAAAGAUGUUUGAAGAACCAGAGGAUCCAACGAAUAGGAGUUUCUUUUCAGAGAUAAUCUCAAGUAUAUCAGAUGUAAAGCUAUCUAAUUCUGGUCGUUAUAUGAUAUCUAGGGAUUAUUUGACAGUUAAGGUUUGGGAUCUUCACAUGGAAACCAAACCUAUAGAAUCGUAUCCAGUUCACGAGUACCUGCGAUCAAAAUUAUGUUCACUAUAUGAAAAUGACUGUAUCUUUGAUAAAUUUGAAUGCUGCUGGAAUGGAAAUGAUACAUCUAUUAUGACUGGAUCAUACAAUAAUUUCUUUAGGAUUUUUGAUCGCACAACGAAGAGAGACCUUACUCUGGAGGCAUCUAGAGAUAUUGAUAAACCAAGAACUGUUCUGAAACCUCGGAAGGUAUGCACAGGUGGUAAACGGAAGAAGGAUGAAAUCACUGUUGACUGCUUGGACUUCAAUAAAAAAAUAUUGCAUACAGCAUGGCACCCUUCGGAAAACAUAAUUGCAGUGGCUGCUACAAAUAAUCUGUUCCUAUUCCAGGACAAGUUCUAGCAGAAUGGCAUGAGAGAAACAAAUUGGCUUUCUGUGAAGUGCUAUUGACAGUGGAACUUAAUAGCCAUAACUGCAAAGGAAGAGGAGCAAUAAUAUGGGUGAGAGCCAUUGCUACAGUGCAGAGUCCAUAUGCCCAUUUCGAAGCUCAUCAGCAUCGUUCUUCCACCGCUAGUGUCAAGACAUGUCUGUGAAGUACUUUUUUAUAUAAAAAUGUUCAAAAUGAUAAAAAGGGAGGGCUUGUGAGGGAGUCCAGUGCACAGUUGUCCCCAGUGUCUGUGAUGUUGGAAAUAAUGCAACUGCCUCCACAUAAACGUGCUCCAGUAUAUAUCUAUGUCUAGCAUGCUGGGAUUUUUUUUUAUUACAGUUUAUCUGCAAGGACUACACUAUUUUAUAGACAGUCCAAAUGUAAGAAAAAGCACGCCAGAUAGUUUUCCGGCCUGGCAGUAUGCGGCUUUAUAUUGCCUGGUUUCAUAAAUUUUUAGUUUCUAUUUUUGACGUGUAUGCUUACAUGCUGGAGGUUGUACCGGAAUAUGUAUGCUUGGAAACUGUUUUGAAAUACUCAAGAAGUGUGGACUAAAACUAUUUUUUCAAUAGUGUUUAUCAGUUUGAAGUGUAUCUGUUGACUGGAAAAUGUUUUUGUGAGAGAGAGACUGCUGCAGAUAAACAAGGGUAACAGUGUUGUUACUCCCGAUUUUGCUAAUCAGAUUGUGAAACAGUUUUGGUAUAACACUCGUUACUCAUAUUUGUUAGCAUUUUAUAUUGGAGUAUUUUGUGGAUUACGGCAAUAAGUAAGGGGACAUGGCGAGUGAGUGACAGGUUAAUUUGAUAUAUUAUUUUCAUUUUGUUGUGAACAAACACUAUCUUUAAUAUAAAAUUUAUGAAAAAAAUCUUGUCUCCUUUUUUAAAGAUUUGUUAAUAAAUUGGCGUUCUCUGUUGGUAGGCAAUUGAAAUUGUAAAUGCAUGGUCCUGAAUAACACUGUAAAAUAUAUGUUGUUGUUAAUUGAACAAUGUUUCAAAGGCAUUCUAUUCCUUUUAUUUAUUAUUUUUGUGUUAUGUAUUACUGAUACAGAAUGGUGCACAAAAUAUGUAUAGUAAGAUGUGAAUCUGGUGUGUGCUGUAGAUUGUCGUUUUCCUUCUCUGAAGCUUUCAAUGUAAGGCACUUCGACAGUUACUCCUUUGUGUAUGAGAAAAGUAGAUAUAUUUUAAUUGUACUCAUUUUUUAUUUAAAAAUUAAUUUUAAUUUUGGAUCUACCAAUACAUAUAAAGUGGAAUAUACCAUAAUAUGACUGUUACAGAAUGGCUUAUUGAAGUCAGUUUCCUUCCAUUAAAAGUAGGUGGGAUAUGAGUGAAUACUCCAUGUGUCAUCCUCCAAUGUAUCAUAUUAUGAUUAACUUAUUCACCAUUACUUUAUUUAUUUAUUUCUAUAUGAGCUGUGAUUUUCUGCAGACUGUUGGCUGAUAUGUUAAGGAAAAUGAUUCAUAACAUCUUAUAUUUUAGUAAGUGAACAUAAAAUAAAAACACCCAGUGCAGUGGGAGUCAUAAUAGUUAAUUAUUUAUUAGUUAUAAAUAUGGAACAUAAAAUCUGUGGACAUACAAUUAUCAAAAUUAGUUUCUAACAACACCAAUAUUUCACCAAAAUCGGAAGAAUAAAUACAUUAGUUUGUUAGAACUACCGUUUCACAAAAUCAAUGCACAGUACGUCAUCUUUUCACAGGACCACCAGUUCACUCUAAGAAUUUUGUUUCCUAGUAGUUCCUGGACUAAGUUAUUAGUGCAUCUAAUAGGACCUCACAUGUAUCUGUAACAGAGGUCCACAUAAGAAAUUUUGCACCAGCAUCACUAUUAUUGAGUUUCUGAAGCUGUAGCGAACUAGAUAUUCUAAAACAUUGUGCAUUACAUGUGUUGCAACUAUUCUGUAUUUUGCUGUGGGCAAUGGACUAACAGAAAACCAUAGCUAGUUUUCAGACAGAUGCCUUCAUAAUUGUGAAAACUAUUUGACUCAUACUGCAUUUUUACAAUGUAUUACUUUUUGAUGUGUAUAAUAUAUUUUCAGCUAACUGUGAAUGUGAAUAUAAUUGCCUUUCUGGAACCCUGAAAUUUUAGAAAUAUCAGAUGUCAAAAACUACCUACAUCUGGCACUUGGAAAUUAUUUUUUGCUGAAUGUUUUUCUUAUAUCAUUAGUGAAAAAAGUUGCAUAAAUUUUUGACACAGCUGUCAUGUAGUAAGAAAUUUUUUUUAGUAGUUUACUGAUUUGUAACUAUGCCCAAAGAUUACUUUCUGAUGGAAUGAAAUGUCAUAAUCCAAUUUCAAACUCCAGCUUGUCUGUAGAUACUUCAAUAAAAAUUCAAGUCCACAUUCCAAAGGCGACAUAUCACAGUUUUCAGGGGUAUUAUGGAAUGUAUUAAACAGUGUCACAACAGCUUGCCACUAAGUUUUUCACUAUUGUCAGAAUAUAUACUGGAGACUUCAUUCACAUAAAAUUUGGAAAAAAACCAAAUAAGUAGCGAUACCACUGCAGCUCUCAUCUUGACUGGCUGGACAACAAAUUUUUUUAAGUGACAAGCUUUUGUAUACUAGACUAAGAAAAUGACAGGAGAAGCUUUUCUGUCAGGGUUAUUGUGCAGUGUGACUUUCUUGUGUUCAUAAUUUUAAUUGUGAUUCUCUGAUACACCACAAAUCUUAUGAAAUCUUUUACAUCACAUUAUGAUCUGUUAACCCAUGCUGUGGUGUUGAUUGCUCUUGUACUUAAUUUUUCAGUAUUUUGGUAGUUUGUAUCUUCCAGUUAUGUUCACAAUAAUUCAUAGAAAUUAAGGAGUAAUAUUUCCACCUUUUAUAGUCAGUCAAAUAUGUGCUACUUUUUUCUCGUUCUGCUGCUCAAUUUCUUUACCUGAAACCUGUAGUUAGUGUUUGUCUAUCUUCCUUCAAGGGAGAUUCUGUCACAUUGGAUUUCAAAAGUAAGCUGCAUCAGUAACUUUACUCACACUGAAGAAUCACUGUGGAAAUUUUUCUAGUAGUAUGUUGCUACUGACAGACAAUAAUACUAAUAAAAAACUUACUCCAUGCAGGAAGUAAUUUCCAGUUUUUGAUGGCCUUGUCGUCUUUAAUUAUAAAUACUGUUUUUUCAGUCAUACAGUGACAAAAGUAUAUGUUCAGGUUCUUGAUGUGUCGUGACAUAUAGCAACAAAGUUCUGCAUUUCCUCUCCAUUUUAAUCUUUCUCUUAAACAAUGCAGCUGUGUGUAGGCUUAAUUAACGAGAAAGUUUGAACUGAUCAAUAAUCAUUCAUGCCUCAAUUUAAUAGCUAAUUUGUGUCAUUUGAUAUUUGUUGACAAUCUCAUGAACAAUUCUGGUAGAAUUUGAGACACAUCCCUUGUUUUACCUUCCUUUACUAAGUACUUUGAGUUUCUCCAGCUGUUUUGCAGAAUGGCUAUAAAGUGAAAGUCUGAAACAGUAUAAAGAAAGAUCUGUUCUGUCCUCCUGUAGUCAUUCACUCACAAAAUGGUUUAGGAAGCUGAAUGUUGUGUUUGUGUAUUAACAUUCUUGCAUAAAAACUUGGAGUCAAAACUUUUGCAUGAGAGAGGUGUUACUCUUUUGCAAAAAAAGGUGUACGUCAUUCAGUUGAUGAUCUUUGCCAUAAUUUUGCUGAUUGCUUCCACUUUUGUGCCAAUUGCAGUGUGUGCCCUUAACACUGAUGGAGAUUUUUACUGGAUCUUGCUUUCAUUUACAGCGAAUGUUGAAUCUAACACUUCGAAAAUGUUGACACAUUGUUUUGUGUACAGACAAUAGAGCUCCAUAUUUUUGAAAUAUUUCAAUUGGUAUGUGGUACGCUUAUAUACAAGAACUGUUUAGUGACAUUCAUGCUUACCUGCAUUGUGUUAAUGGAGGUACGUGUAUAGAAAAAAAUUUAGGACGUUUCUCCUCUCUCUGUGUCUGCGUGUGUUAACAUAUGAAGUUGGCUUUGGGCAUUUAGUACUCCUUUGUUUUAGAAGGAGUAUUACGAAGUACCUCAUGAAGGCAGUUUGCUCAGCAUUGUUUUUGUACUAUUCAAACAUGGCUAAUUCUGUGACAGUGAAAUGUUUCUUUUCAGGUUUUUCAUUGUAUAUCAAAUAAUUAGGAAACCUGUAUAUUUUCUUUUUCACUUUACACUGUAAAAAGUUUAUAUUCAACAGAAUCUGUAAAAAAAAACCAUUCCAUUGAGUAAAGUGUUGAAUAUCAGCAGAAUGGUUUUAUUUUGUUCGUUUUCAGUGUUUACCUGUGGUGGCAUAUUUGGAAAUUGCUGUUGCUCAACACAAGAUUCUCAGUUCAUAUAAGAUGAAACAUAAGAGAUUGUGGCUACAGUUUCUUAUCUGUGUAUUUGCUGUUGUAUUUUGGAGAUAUAUGAGAGUUGUAAAAUAAAAAGUUGCAGUCAA